ACUCGCUCGCUCCCCCCACCAGCGGAAGCGCCCGCGGAGCACAAUGCAGCACUGAGGCAGCGCCGCGGUGGAGGCUGCAGCUCCUUGGCAGCUGCAGCAUCGGCCCGGGCUGGGAGGGGGCGGCUGAGGGGAGCCGGAGGGCUCUGAGCUAGAGAGCCGGACCCGGCAGCCCCGGCAUGAGAAGCUGAGCGUCUCGGGCGCGGUAGGCUGACAGCAGCACCAUGCAGGCGGCAGCGACUGCGUCCGUGCCCUUCUUGCUGCUCUGCGCCCUGGGGACCUGUCCCCCGGCGCUCUGCGGCCGGGCAGGAGACGCCUCUUUGACGGAGCUGGAAAGGAGGAACGAAAACCGCUUCCUGGAGCGCCAGAGCAUCGUGCCUCUGCGCCUCAUCUACCGCUCGGGAGGCGAAGACGAAACUCAGCAUGACGAGCUCAACACUCGGGUGCGGGGCGACCUCGGCGGCCAGCAGUUGACUCAUGUUGACCAGGCAAGCUUCCAGGUUGAUGCCUUUGGGACGUCAUUCAUUCUUGAUGUCACGUUAAACCAUGAUUUGUUGUCCUCGGAUUACAUAGAGAGGCACAUCGAACAUGGAGGCAAGACUGUGCAAAGCAAAGGAGGAGAGCACUGUUACUACCAGGGCCAGAUCCGAGGAAAUCCUGUCUCAUUUGUUGCAUUGUCAACAUGUCAUGGACUUCAUGGAAUGUUCUAUGAUGGGAACCACACAUAUCUCAUUGAGCCAGAAGAAAAUGAGACGGCCCAGGAGGAUUUCCAUUUUCAUUCAGUUUACAAAUCCAGACUCUUUGAAUUUCCUAUGGAUGAUCUUCCAUCUGAAUUCCAACAAGUAAACAUCACUCCACCAAAAUUUAUUUUGAAACCAAGACCAAAAAGGAUUAAACGGCAGCUUCGAUAUCCUCGUAACGUAGAAGAGGAAACCAAAUACAUCGAACUGAUGAUUGUGAAUGAUCACCUCAUGUUUAAAAAGCACCGCCUUUCUGUUGUGCAUACCAACACCUAUGCCAAAUCUGUGGUGAACAUGGCAGAUAUAAUAUAUAAAGACCAACUUAAGACAAGGAUAGUAUUGGUUGCCAUGGAAACCUGGGCGGCUGACAACAAGUUUGCCAUAUCUGAAAAUCCAUUGAUCACCCUACGUGAGUUUAUGAAAUACAGAAGGGAUUUUAUCAAAGAGAAAAGUGAUGCAGUUCACCUUUUUUCGGGAAGUCAAUUUGAGAGUAGCCGGAGCGGGGCUGCUUAUAUUGGUGGGAUUUGCUCGUUGCUGAAAGGAGGAGGCGUGAAUGAAUUUGGGAAAACUGAUUUAAUGGCAGUUACACUUGCCCAAUCAUUAGCCCAUAAUAUUGGUAUUAUCUCAGACAAAAGAAAAUUAGCAAGUGGUGAGUGCAAAUGUGAGGACACAUGGUCUGGAUGCAUAAUGGGAGACACUGGCUAUUAUCUUCCUAAAAAGUUCACCCAGUGUAACAUUGAAGAGUAUCAUGACUUCCUGAACAGUGGGGGUGGCGCCUGCCUGUUCAACAAGCCUUCCAAGCUGCUCGACCCUCCUGAGUGUGGCAAUGGCUUCAUUGAAACUGGAGAAGAGUGUGACUGUGGAACCCCUACAGAAUGUGUCCUUGAAGGAGCAGAGUGUUGUAAGAAAUGCACCUUGACUCAGGACUCUCAAUGCAGUGAUGGUCUCUGUUGUAAAAAGUGCAAGUUUCAGCCUAUGGGGACUGUGUGCCGAGAAGCAGUGAACGAUUGUGAUAUUUCUGAAACAUGCUCAGGAAAUUCAAGCCAGUGUGCCCCUAAUAUUCAUAAGAUGGAUGGAUAUUCAUGUGAUGGUACUCAGGGAAUUUGCUUUGGAGGAAGAUGUAAAACCAGGGAUAGACAAUGCAAAUAUAUCUGGGGACAAAAGGUGACAGCAUCAGACAAAUACUGCUAUGAGAAACUGAACAUCGAGGGGACUGAGAAGGGAAACUGUGGGAAAGACAAAGACACAUGGAUACAGUGCAACAAAAGGGAUGUGCUUUGUGGUUACCUUUUGUGUACCAACAUUGGCAAUAUCCCAAGGCUUGGAGAACUCGAUGGUGAAAUCACAUCCACUUUGGUUGUGCAACAGGGAAGAACAUUAAACUGCAGUGGUGGGCAUGUUAAGCUUGAAGAAGAUGUAGAUCUUGGCUAUGUGGAGGAUGGGACACCCUGUGGUCCUCAAAUGAUGUGCUUGGAACACAGGUGUCUUCCUGUGGCUUCCUUCAACUUUAGUACUUGCUUAAGUGGUAAAGAAGGCACUGUUUGUUCAGGAAAUGGAGUGUGCAGUAACGACCUGAAGUGUGUCUGUGAUACGCUCUGGACAGGUGCAGACUGCAGCACUUUGUUACUUCACAAUGAAGGUCCAAAGACUAGCAACGGUGUUGCUGGCAUCAAUAUCAUAAUAGGCAUAAUUGCUGGCACCAUUUUAAUGCUGGCCCUCAUAUUAGGAAUAACUGCCUGGGGUUAUAAAAACUAUCGAGAACAGAGACAGUUACCCCAGGGAGAUUAUGUAAAAAAGCCUGGAGAUGGUGACUCUUUUUAUAGCGACAUUCCUCCUGGAGUCAGCACAAACUCAGCAUCUAGUUCUAAGAAGAGGUCUGCUUUUCUGUCGCAUUUUCAGAUUUCUACCUGUUCCAUCACACAUUAUUCCAUUAGUCAGAACAUUUCAUUAUUUUGCAGCAGGUCAAAUGGGCUCUCUCAUUCUUGGAGUGAAAGGAUUCCAGACACAAAACAUAUUUCAGAUAUCUGUGAAAAUGGGCGACCUCGAAGUAACUCUUGGCAAGGUAAUGUGGGUGACAACAGAAAGAAAAUCAGAGGCAAAAGAUUUAGACCUCGAUCUAAUUCAACUGAGUAUUUAAAUCCAUGGUUCAAAAGAGACUAUAAUGUAGCUAAGUGGGUAGAAGAUGUGAAUAAAAACACUGAAGGACCGUACUUUAGAACUUUAUCUCCUGCCAAGUCUCCUUCUUCAUCAACUGGGUCCAUUGCAUCUAGCAGAAAGUACCCUUAUCCAAUGCCUCCACUUCCGGAUGAGGAGAAGAAAGUGAAUCGACAAAGUGCCAGGCUAUGGGAAACAUCCAUUUGAGAUCAACUGUUUACAUGUGACACAUCAAAACUGUUUACUUCAACUUUUAUAGAAGCCCAGCCUCACGGAAUCACUGCAAAUCUAUCUGCUCUUCAGAGGACACCAAUACCCUCUGAGAUGCCACAGAGGAGAGGAAGCUGUUUCACAUCUGGAUACCAUUUUCUUUUUGUCAUUGGCUUAGGAUUUAACUGAACCAUGAAAAGAACUACUGACAUGUCACAUUAUAACACAGAACAAUAAGGGUACUGGUAUGUUAAUGGAUAAUCCGCAUGACAGAUAUAUGUAGAAAUAUCAAUAAAAUUAACUCACAUGAC